UUUGUUUAUGCAGCGGCACUUGUGUGCACAUCCGACCAGUGCUGCCUCAAAACCAAUAUAAAUAUUCGUGUCAGCCCGUGAACUUAAUCUAAAGAAAACGGCGAACCUAAACAAAAAUUCAAAGACUCCGUUUCGCCUAUAUGUACCGUCUCUGUUAGCCGUUUGGGUCCGAAAGCAUGAGAAAACGGUCGAGUGUGCAUUGGGAACUAUUUUCUGUCGGACAGCCGUGCUGCGCCUUUCUCUCCCACUCGCCCGUGCCAGUCCGCCAUCUUGAAUUUUAAUGUUAAUUUCUUUUUUAAAAAAAUGUGUUUUCCUGCGAUGUUUACGGUGCUAUUUUUCUUUUAAAUGACUUUCAAGGACGUUCGCUUUGUCUUGCGGUUAUCUGACGAGGUCACCCGAGUUGAUAUUCUAGACCCCAGUCUUCCCAACCGAAGAGUGUUUCUUCAUCUCGGGGACUAAAUGCAACUGGAUCAGGGGGCUUGUGGGUAUGAAGUGGCUGGGCGAAUCCAAGAACAUGGUAUUAAAUGGCAGACGACAUGGAAGCAAGUUGACCAGCGAGCAACCUGUGAGCCAGAGCCAGACUCGCUCUCAGCAUUCACAGCGGACAUCGCUGCGGCACAACAAAACACACCCCAGAAACCGAAGAUGUAGUCGUAGGUUUCAUGCAACUAGUCUAGAAGCCGAGAGGCGAUAUGUGCCCUCCUCAGGAAUGACUGCAAAGGAGUUAUGCGAGAAUGAUGACCUGACAACAAGCCUAAUACUAGAUCCAUACCUGGGCUUUCAGACACACAAAAUGAACACCAGAUUUCGACCAGUCAAGGGACGUCAGGAAGAGCUGAAGGAAAUCAUUGAGCGCUUCAAGAAACACGAUAACUUGGAGAAAGCGUUCCGAGCUUUGACAACAGGAGACUGGUCCCGAAAUCUUUUUGUUCAUAAGACAAAAUCUCAAGAAAAGCUAUUCAAACAACAUGUUUUUGUAUAUUUGCGGAUGUUCGCCACUGACAGCGGCUUUGAGAUCCUUCCGUGUAAUCGCUAUUCUUCAGAGCAAAAUGGAGCCAAAAUUGUGGCAACUAAAGAAUGGAAAAGGAAUGAUAAGAUUGAGUAUUUAGUCGGAUGCAUUGCUGAGCUGUCCGAGAGUGAAGAGAACAUGCUACUCCGGCAUGGAGAGAAUGACUUCAGUGUCAUGUAUUCCACUCGCAAGAAUUGUGCACAGCUCUGGCUGGGGCCAGCUGCUUUUAUUAACCACGAUUGUCGUCCAAACUGCAAGUUUGUGUCGACAGGGCGGGACACGGCCUGUGUGAAGGUGCUGAGAGACAUCGAACCGGGCGAGGAGAUCUCCUGCUACUAUGGAGACGGAUUUUUUGGCGAAAGUAAUGAAUUUUGUGAAUGCUACACCUGUGAACGACGUGGCACUGGUGCUUUCAAAUCCAAAGCUGGACUGCCAGUCGAUGUUCCGGUGAUCAACAGCAAAUACGGGUUGCGGGAGACGGACAAACGUCUGAACCGGCUGAAGAAGUUAGGGGAAGGAAACAGGAGUUCAGAUGCUCACUCAGUAGGCUCCCACACAGACGUGGACUCUCAGGAAUCGCCAAAAACACAUCAAUCUGCCAGGAAAAGAUCAUCUGGCCUCAAGUACAAAAACAGGACUCAAACAAGACAGACUCUGUCAAGAGCCCUCACUACCUCAUGUUCAAAACAAGGACGUGUAAAUAAUAAUAGGGUACCAAAGAGACUAAAAUCCCAAUCUAAGCCUUCACUAAGUAAAGUCCAGUUGCGGAGUCGCAGAAGGGGUGCAGAGCCCAAGGCGUUGGCCAAAGGUGAGACUUGCCAGCUGGGUCUCAGGGACUCCAAGGUGUCACUGUGUAAAGGUGUUACUGUAAAGAAGGAGAAGGACGGGCAGGACCUGGUCCAGCAGGGCUGCUUGACACGACACGCCGCCAAGGAAAACGUCAAUCUCCCAGUUGGGCAGCAUGGUAAGGGUUGCCUGUCUUCGACAUACAGAACUCGCAGGUCCACGCGGACUCUAGGCAAAGCCCAAGAGACGGCCGGUAGCGUAAAGUUGGAGUCCAGCGCCAUGCGCGGCAUGAGCCCAGUCUCCGGUGGCGUGGUCAUUAAAACGGAGCCCUUAGACAUAGAGGAGUAUCUCCACCAUGGGAUGGGACUGGAGCAGCCAGCGUUGGAUCCCGGCUACGCCCGAAGAGACCCGUGCACAAGACGGAAACGGGCGCCACAGCUGGGCGCCAAGCGAAUGAUUAAAUGCGAGGACUCAUACGGUGAGCCGUUUGUGCCGGUGGCUCCCGGUCACGCCGCCAGCUACUCGGACUGCGGGAAAGUGCUCUUGAGCUUCUCCGACGCGCAUCGGGACUACAACGGGGUGGCCAACGGCCGCAAAGCCCUACGCAGGGACAAGGGUAGCGGUAGCUGUCGAUCGCAGGACAAGGGAAAGAAAAAACGCCGGAUCACUCGUUACGAUGCGCAGCUGAUUCUGGAGAACACAACCGGCCUCCCCAAACUGACGCUCCGCCGGCGGAGAGACAGUAGCAGUAGCAAGACCAAUGAACCCAGCGACGUCAUUGGUUCUUCCAGUCUUUCUGCCGCGGCGGUCAACCCCUCCUCUUCCAGCAAGAUUAGCAUCAAGUUCAGCAAGGACCACGACAAGGACAAAGGCAGCUCCUACAUCGCCAAACUGAACAACGGCUUUGCUCCGGUGGUCCACGGCAACUCCACGAAGCUGAAGAUCCAGCUGAAGAGGGAGGACGACGCGCGCAGGAUAUCCCACAUGAAGGCAGACCAGGUGUCGUUUAACGGCGACAUGGGUCCGAGCCUGGAGGCCAGAAACGGCGGACACCGGAGCCAAAAGGUCAUGGCCGACCCGUCCUCUGAAGACGAGGACGUCGAUGACGAGGACGACGACUACUUUGACAAUGAGUUUGAGGACGAUUUCAUUCCACUUCCGCCGGCCAAACGCCUGCGACUCAUUGUCGGUAAAGACUCCAUCGACAUCGAUAUCUCCUCCAGGAGGAGAGAGGAUCAGUCUCUGAGACUCAACGCGUAAGCCGCGGAGCUCCUCGCUCCUCCUCCCUGUAAAUACACCCAGCUAGCUAAUCAGCAGACGUUGUGUUGACGUAAAAGUAGUCAUUUACAAACAAAACAGGGCUCGUAUUCAUAAAGAUUCUAAGAGUUCCCGGCGCGUUCCUUGACCCCCAUCACAACCCACCGAGGAGGAAGUGGUCCCGUUGCAGGAUCUGACAUCUAACUCUCAACAUUUUGGUUGCCCAAGAAGGAAAAAUAGUCCACAUUUGUCGUUUCUUUUAGUUUUCGAUGUCGUACGGCACGGCUCUUUUUCAAGCUCACUGAUUCCAGGCAUGACCGCGUGGCGAUGCUUUACCGCUAGCUCUUUUUAAGUUGACAACAAUUCCACCUGAAAAUACUUUAAAGUAUCUUCUCUUUUAUCUUUACUAGGAAUCGGGAGAGAUUUUCGAAUUCUGUCACAUGGAGCCGCUCUCAGCAACGGGAUUCUUUAUGAAUAUCGAUUGGGCCAUGAGGUUACUAGAAGGGGCUGUUCGACUAAAACUAAAUCUCUCUAAUUACGGUCAUGAAAAUGUUUUCUGUUGUGCUUUUCUCGUCGUAUUUGAUGACCCGUGCUUUAAAGCAACUUUUUUUUUUUUUUUUUUUUUUUUUUUUUUUUUUUAAACUGUGAA